AUGGUGGGGCAGAGCGAGGGCAGGAGGGCAGUGCUCCUGGAGCCCUUCGUGCACCAGGUGGGCGGCCACAUGAGCAUGAUGAAGUACGACGAGCACACGGUCUGCAAACCCCUGGUCUCACAGGAGCUGAGCUUCUACGAGUCGCUGCCCCUGGCCAUGAGGCAGUUCACCCCUCAGUACAAAGGAGUCAUUUCAGUGCACCUCAAGAAGGACAGCUUUGGCAACCUGACCCUGCUCGCCAGCCCCAACCUGCAGCCCGAGGGCUGCGGCCGCCUGGACAACACCAGCAGUGACAUAUGGCACAAAUACAAGUGGGCUGCCAGCGCCAGCAGUGGCACCGAGCUCGUCAAGAGGUGCCACACGCAGCUCACCAAGACCUUCAAGGACAGCUGCCCGGGCAGGAUGCGACUGAGGACAGACCUUCAGUACUGCACAGAUUCACUUUUGGAAGAUGCAAACAGAAACCAGACAGAAAAAAACAGCUCCAACCCCUGGGGACUGCACUGUCACAGACAGCACCUGAACCGCAUGUCCUCCAAGUAUAACGAGAACAAACUGCAUCAGUUUCUAUUGCUUGAAAAUGUGGUGUCGAAAUACAGCUACCCCUGCAUCCUGGACUUAAAGAUGGGAACCCGGCAGCAUGGGGACGACGCCUCAGAGGAGAAGAAAGCACGGCACAUCAAGAAGUGUGAACAGAGCACCUCUGCAUCGCUGGGCGUCCGCAUCUGUGGGAUGCAGGUUUACCAAGCGGAUGCUGGCCAUUUUCUCUGCAAGGAUAAAUACUAUGGAAGGAAACUCUCACCCGAGGGAUUCAGGCAAACCCUGCAGCAGUUCCUGUGCAAUGGAAACCAUCUCAGAACGGACGUCCUGGAGCCCCUCAUCCAGAAGCUGAGAGCUCUGCUCUCCGUCAUUAAGAAGCAGAGCUCUUACAGGUUCUACUCCAGCUCACUUCUCAUCAUUUACGAUGGACUGGAGCACAAGGAGAGCACGGCGCCUCUGGAUAAUCACCUGCAGGGGCACUUCCAAAAAACAAACUGCAUCACGUCGCACUCCAGAGUCGACGUCCGCAUGAUAGACUUUGCCCACACCACUUUUAAAGGCUCCAAAUGCAACCACACCACUUACGACGGGCCGGACCACGGCUAUAUUUUCGGUUUAGAGAACCUCAUCAAAAUCCUGCAGAACAUUUCAGAAGGAAAAUGA